AUGUCUUCUGGAGCUCAUUUCUUUUCCAUGAAAAUAUGUGGCGCUUUGUUGAUGAUAUCGCAUGUUCACGUGCAAUUGUACAGACACACAGGCAGCUCUAGUGACAGACAGGGAGGCAACUUACAGAAAUGGAUCCAAAGGCCAAGGGAAUUCGAUUCCAAUUGCGGAUUUGGUAAGGCUGCUUUGGCUGCUUCGUUUUGGGUCUCGAAUGACAAACGAAUUUUUCCCACUGAGUUCUCUCAUUUCUUUCCUGCAUUUGAGCUCGCAUCUGCAAGAACUGGAACUUCUGGAGGCACAGUUGAUUUAUAA